AUGCUGCUCCACUACGGCAUGGACCCGGGCUGCGGCGAGAGGCUUGCCCAGCCGCUGCGGACCUCGCCGCCGGCUGCAAGGGCCAGCCUGCCGCCGCGCCUCCUCGCCACCGCCCGGCUCUGCGCCGUGCAGGACGACGGCGAGCUGCUCCUGCCCGGCGCGGGCGGCGACGCGCCUCUCUCCGCGGACAACGAGGCGCGCGCGCUGGCGCUGAAUCCUCGUGGCUCGCGCGUUCGCGUCGCGUCAUCAGACAUCACACAUGGCCAUAUGUGGGCCGGCGAUGCAAAGCGGAGACACAUGGACAUGAAGUUGGACACAUGCAGUCGCGCGUUGCUCGAGGGGAGGCGCGACUUUGCAUCCUUCCAGAGCAAAGGCGGCCGCAGCACCACGGUGCGCACGCUGCACCGCUGCGACGUGCGCUGGUGCGAGGGCGAGGGGCUCGCCAUCACCCUCGAGGGAGACGGCUUCCUGUACAACAUGGCGAGGAUCGUCGCGGGCACGCUCCUGCAGGCCGCCGCCAACAACCCCUCCUCCUCACAGAGACACACCGCACAGCCGCCCCCGCUCGCGCCAUCUUGCCGCCACUCGGGACUCGACUCCGCGCAGGUCGGCGUCGGGUGCAGGAGCGCGAGCAGCGUCGAGCAAUACGAGCGGCCGUGGGCCAGUCGCGGGGAGGCGGCUGGGCAAGACGACGUCGUCGUCGACGAGGCGUCCUGA